AUGGCCAACGUGGUCAUCGACAACAAUGGCGGACAUGACGGCGCAGACGACAUCAUUGACGACGACGAUUACACGCCGCCGCGCGAGGCCUUCCACACCAAUCCGCAGCUGUGCAAGGACUUGAUUGCCCGCCUGGGCUCGCCCGUCCCGCCGCUUGCGAUCCGCUCAUCGUCGAUCUGCAUGGGCUCGGGACUCUUUGCUGCCGCAGAGAUUGACGCGGGCCGCGAGAUCUACUGCGUUACGCUCCAAUUGGCGGCUAUCGAUGCUGAUGAGACGUCCUUCUGUCACUGGUGUUUCAGGGACCAGACGGCCGGGUUCGGUCGCCCGUCUAAGGAAAAUGGGGCGGUUAAGGCCUGUACGGGGUGCAAGACUGCCAGGUUCUGUUCUAAAAAGGAGUCUGUCGGAUAUGCCUUUGAUGCCGUGACAGCCACCAUCAACCACUCGUGCGACCCCAACGCCUUUGUCUACUUUGAGGGUCGUAAGCUGCACAUCCGCUCACUGAAGAAGAUUGCUGCCGGCGAGGAGAUCACUAUCUGCUACCUCGAUCCCACCCUCGACGUCGCUGCCCGGCAGGCUCUGCUGCAGCACGAGUACUUCUUCGACUGCAACUGCAAUCGCUGCAGAGCCGAGCACAAGGAAAAGCUCACCCUGCUCAAACCCAGCAAGGAUCUCGACCCGCUGCACCAAGCGCAGCGCGAAAUCCACGCGCUCCUGCGGUCGGCGAUGCGCGCGGCCAAGCACCCCGGCAUCUACCCUUCGUUCGAGGACCUCCCGACGAUCGAGACCAAGCUGCGCACCAUCAUCAACAACGCCGUUCCUGGCGGCGGCGCGGCGACGGCGCCCUGUUGUUGGCCGGAGCACCUCGAGCCGCUGCCGUCGGCCCGCCUCGUGCUGGCCAACCUCUACCUCGACCAGGGCAAGCCCAUCCCGGCGCUGCGCAACGCCCUGAAGGGCAAGUUCCUCAGCAUCCGCGGCCGCGGUGGCGGGCCCGAGUGGAUCAACGAGAUGACUGACGUGACCACGGUGCUGGUCAUUGCGGGCAGCCUGCCGCGCGAGACGACGGCGGAGGAUAACAACAACAACAACAACAACAACAACAACAACAACGACAACGAGACCUCCUCAUGCUCCUCCUUUCCGUCGGUGGACGACAUCAAGGCUGUCACGUACGGGUAUCUGUAUGAGACCUGUCGGGAGGCGGGGAAGGUGUUUGGCGGCGAGGCUGAGUUUACUAAGGGAUUGUGCACCAUGUUGACUGACAUGCUGCGCACGAACCCCCGGGUGCGGGUGGGGACUAGGGAGUUUAGGGUGCAGUUUGAGAAGGCGCAGAAGGCGGUUCUGGCUUGGGCUGGGAUUGAUGGAGGUAGUGAGGGGGUGGGGUUGGUUCUGUCUUAG